GCGGACGAGUGUGGAAAGCCUCACAUGACAGGUCGAGUGUGCACCUGGGCGGGCAGCCACUAAGCACAGGGUGCCAGCUGUCUGCAGCCAUGCCCGUGUAGUGCUGUGCCGGCGCUAUGGGGAGCUUUGACUAUUUAUUUAAGGUGCUUGUAGUGGGGGAUUCCGCUGUUGGGAAGACCUCACUGUUAAAUAGGUACGUCCAUGACGUGUUUGGCAAGGAUUACAAAAUGACCAUGGGAGUGGAUUUUGCACUGAAGGUCGUCCAAUGGUCGGAUGCUGAAAUGGUCCGGCUACAACUAUGGGAUAUUGCAGGUCAAGAGCGAUUCACUUCUAUGACCAGACUCUACUAUAAACAGGCUUCUGCUUGUAUAAUCAUGUUCGACCUCACCAAUGCUGACUCAUUCAGAAGUUGUCAGAUGUGGAAAAAUGACCUGGACAGUAAGGUGACCCUAUCCAAUGGAGAUCUUGUGCCAUGUAUACUAUUGGCAAACAAGUGCGAUCUUUUACCAUGGGCAGUUACCAAAGAACAGAUUGACAAAUUCAGUAAGGAAAAUAACUUCAUUGGAUGGACAGAGACCUCUGUGAAGGAAAAUAAAAACAUCAACGAGUCAAUGAGAGUGCUCAUUGAAAGAAUGAUGGAGACGAGAGAAUCAGGGCGUUCCUCUGUCCCACCACAGGGGGAAUACAUCAACCUAAAUGACAUUUCCAUGCCUGGAUCAGGCUGCUGCUGACAUGGCUACUCAGGACCACACUAGAUAAUAUUCAUGCUACAGGAAGAUGGUUGUUAAUCGCUGUGCGGGCUCAUACUUGUGCUUUCAUUCAUUCGAUACAUAUCUGUCACUUAAUACCAAUUGGAAUCCGGUUUAAUUUUCCUACUUUUUUUUUAUACAUUGCCUUUCAACCUGAAAAAAAAAAGAUGUAUAUAUGUGGAAUGUGUGUUUCCGUCCGGAAGCCAUCGACACUGUUACAUAGUCUGUAUAUAUUUCGGGGUGUGUGUAUAUAUUGCAAGUUUGGCAGUACUCCCAAAAAUCCAAUCUAUUGUUUUUCCAUUAGAAAUAUAUACUAAUGCUGUGCAUCAUGCAAAUGUAUCCCUAAAUCCUUGUACGUGCCUGACUUUAAGGCAUGUCUCAGGUAACAAACAGUCAGUGUUUUUCUGGUCUAUUUUCAUAUUUGUUUGUUUUUUCUUUAAACUAAAGUCGGAUAACCUUAACCAAUAAAUUUUAUUCUGUGGAAAAAAA